AAAUCAGGGAAAGAACUCAAGCUGUCUACACACGGAUAACAGAGCUUUGGUCUGGCGCACGCGAAGCUGUAGGUAGUGGUUGAAAGUGCGCAUUGUGCCUGUGGAAUAAAUGCUUCCACUGUUUAGUUUUCAAAGGCAAAAUUUGUUAUCUCUUCCACCAUAAAGUUUCAAUAAGAUGCUGCAUGAGAGCUUAUUUCAUUAUUUAGUUAUUUUAUGCGUUCGAUAACAGUUUCAGCAGGGAUUUGAAACAGCCCGUCGAAGUCUCCGUCUAUAUGCUGUCUGAGAAAGCAUUGGAAAUAAAAAUACCGACAGACAGCUGGUGUUAAACUGCAUAGUGAAAUAUUGAGUAUCAUGUGUGAAAUGAAUAUAAGGCAUAAUUUCAACUUAUUCCUAAAUGCUCAUUUGGAAUAUCUUUAAAAGUGUCAUUUCGUCUGAGAGACUUCCAUAACAGAGAGUAAAGUGUCAACACUCUGUUAUUUGAGAUUACAUGUGGUAUUCGAAACGGAUGUUAUGGGCGAUCACUCACGUUCGAAAUGUUAUUGAAAGAUUCGACAAGAAGUCACAGCACCAAAAGAUGUUCGAUUUCUUACUUCGCUCAGAUUUAGUCUCUUGUACCGAAAGGAGUUCAUAUGGUCGUUCUAUUGCGACUUGAAGGUAAUCACGAUGCUGUAUGCUGUGAACAAUGAGGCCCUGAAAAUGAGGUUUCGACAGUUGAAACAUAUAACUAUUUUAUUUCUGAUGCUUACUUGUGUUCGAUUCUCUUCUCAAGAGUGUAACUUACCGAAGGCAAAGCCAUUGGAUUCCACGUGUCUUUGCGAAUCCUUGGACAGCUUCAAUGGAUGGUCAUAUACAUGUAUCAGUAAUGCUGAUUUCGAGGUGAUAUUUGGUUUGAAAUAUGUUAUUGACAGCUCAGUGACAAUUCAGUGUGGUCAUUACCAGCCAAACUAUGAGUCUUUACUUCAAGAACUAGAUCUUACAGAAAUACAUACUUUUGUGUUUAAGUCAUGUUCUCUGCCAAACACAUCUUUUGGUGAAGUUAUACCCUACAAUGAAAAGUAUCCCGUAGAGCAAAUUAAAAUAGAAGCGAAGAGAGACAAUAGAACGUUUACUCUUGAGUUAUUCAGUAAUGUUUCAGAAACUCUGAAAAGUUUAAUCCUAAGCAAUAAUAAAAUUCAGGUGCUACCAGAGUCACUAUUCAGUAACUUCAGUGAAUUAAAAUAUCUUUCACUUUCUGAUAAUAUGUUAAAGACACUACCAGAAAAUAUCUUUUCAAAUCUCAAAAAUUUAAUCGUCUUGGAAAUCGCAAAUAACUAUCUCGAGAUUUUACCUCAAGGUCUUUUUCAGAACUUAUCUCAACUUGAAAAAUUAUAUUUAUAUAAAAAUCGAGUAAAAGAUUUGCCUAACGGCUUGUUUAGAAGCUUGGUGAAUCUGAAAGUUUUAGAUUUAGCUGAUAAUCAUCUCAUCCUAUUACCUAACGACGUAUUUCAUGGCUUAUCAAGUGUCAUUCAUGUUCGUCUGCGUGGAAAUUGGUUGGGGACUAUACCUGAGGGAUUAUUUAGUAAUUGCUCAAAUUUACAAGAAAUCGAUCUAAGUCUAAACAGAUUUAUGGAACCAUUGCCUGAACAUCUGCUGCAUGGAGUACCUCGUUUAGAGAAUGUUAGUCUUCAUGAUUGCAAUCUUACGCAUAUUCAUGAAUUCUUCUUUUCAUUUUCUCCGAAUAUAACGCAUCUAAGACUAGAGAACAAUAGACUUUCUAUACUACCUGAGAAAAUUUUCAGGAAUAACACAGUGUUGAAAGAAUUGAAUUUAAAUUUCAAUUCCAUUCAGGAAUUGCCUGAAAAUCUCUUUCCAAAUCAAAAGUACCUUGAAAAACUCUUUCUAUUUAAGAACAACAUAUCAGUUUUACCUAAUGGCGUUUUUAAGUAUACCAGAAAUAUAAAAACUUUAGUGCUUGGGGGAAAUAAACUUCAAACUAUUGGUAGAGCUAUAUUCCGUGAUCUUCCAAAUUUGGAAGAAUUAGAUUUAAGCAAGAAUAACUUGACAUAUUUUAGUUUAGAUUUCAAUGAAUAUAUUAAGUUCAUUGAUUUAUCAUAUAAUAAUUUAACACAGAUGCCUUCCAUAAACUGGCUUCAACACUUAAAACUAGAAAAAUUAAACAUGGAUUAUAAUAAGCUUACAUAUAUCGAAAUUCCGGUACUGUACUCAACUAAUAGACGCAAUCCUACCUUGAAUAUUGCACAUAAUAACAUUAAAACUGUAAGCGUUCAAGAUAUAUUGAUUAACGAUCAAACUAUAAAAGAUUUGCCUUCCAAAGAUUACGAAAGUUAUGUUGAGACUUCAGUAUCAUUAGCUUCAAAUCCUUUUUCAUGUGACUGUAGAAUUUACAAUUUCUAUGAUUACUUAAAGGGAAAUAAUGAAGCGCAUAAACGAUCAGUUCGUUUUACAAGAACUCAGGACUUGACAUGCCAAGAACCUCCAAAUUUAGUUAAUCAAGCAAUUGUACAGUUAAGACCAAAUCAGUUUACAUGUGAUUUAAAUGAUAAUUGCUCAACUUCAUGCCAUUGUUACAUAAGGGCAGAAGACAAUUCUCGAGUCGUUAAUUGCUCGGAUCUCAAGUUAAAAAGUCUUCCUACAUCUAUCCCGCUGAACACUAGUGUGCUUUACUUCCAAGGAAACAUGUUGUCAAGUAUGGGUGGCUUUAACAGUCAAAUAUGGGAAAACCUUACGGAUUUGUAUUUAGAUGGAAACCAGAUAACAUCCCUGGAUCAUUGGAGCAUACCCACUAAGCUUAAGCAUCUUUCUUUAAAGGGCAAUCAACUCAGAUAUUUAACUUCAACUUUUAUGGAUUUAUUAUCAGUUACGAAAGGGUUUCAAAUAUCACUAAGUGAUAAUCCAUGGAACUGUAAUUGCUCCACUGUAACUUUUAAAAAAUGGUUAACUGAGCAUUAUCAGUUUGUUAAGGAUGUGAAAAAUGUUAUGUGUGCAAAUAGAUUAAAACUGAAUGGCACCCUUAUGCGAAAGCCGAUACUGAUGAUUCCUGAUGAUGUCAUAUGUCCAAUAAGUGACUGGCCUUACAGGGUACAACUGAUAUCUGUGACUGUGAUUUGUGUCAUUUUAGCUUUACUGCUUUUUGUAGUAUCUGUGCUGUACUACAGAAAUAAGCAAACAGUAAUUGCUUACGUGUAUAUUCACAUGCACAAUGUUUUUAUGUGCUUCUUCAAUGAAGAAGAUAUCGAUGAGGAUAAAACGUUUGAUGCGUUUGUUUCUUACAGUAGCUCAGAUCGAGAUGUAGCCCUUAGGCUUAUAGAAGAACUAGAAGACAAAGAGCCCCAUUUUAAACUUUGUAUCCACGAAAGGAAUUGGAUAGCGGGUAAUCAAAUUAGCUGGAAUAUCUUUAAUUCUGUGCACAAUAGUCGCAAGACUAUAUUAGUAAUCUCUAAAGAAUUCCUUGAAAGUAUGUGGUUCCAAGUAGAAUUCCACACCGCUUAUUAUCAAAUGCUUGAAGACAAAAUUGAUAGACUUAUAAUUAUCGUCAAGGGGGAACUCCCUCCAAAGGAUACUCUGGAUAAGGACCUCCAGUAUCUCUUAUCCACAAAAACCUACUUAGUUUGGGAAGAAAAGUGGUUUUGGGAAAAAUUAAAAUAUGCUAUGCCUCACAAAAAACAACAGAUGCUUCAGAAUGAUGUGCUGGCUUUAAAAGAUAGGCCAGCUAGCGAAAAAAUUAAAACAGUUGAAAAUCAGAUUGCUAUUUUUUCAUCGGGUGGUAAUAAAACCACCGGUAAAGUUCAGGAAGUUGUUCAAAAUGGCACAAAUAAAGCUUUAAAUUUAGUAAAUAAGGAAACUAUGAAUAAGAAAUGAAACUUCAAUGCAAUGAGUCAAAUAGUUAGAAAAGAUUUUGAUUCUGAAUUCGCUUUAAUGGGCAAUAUGCUACUGAUUGAGAAACUUUUAUCAUAUGGUGCUAAUAUUUAGACUACAUGUUGUCCUUAUAUCAACUGUAAAAGUUGAUAAAAGAGAAUUAUUGUACAAAUGUAAUGUUAUUUCUUCUUUCAGAUCUCAUCGUAUGUGCUUCAACUUUGUUUAUGUGCAAUUGAAAUUAUAUAUGCAUUUUGUUUGUAAACAUAAGAACUGCAUUGGCAGUUUUAAAGAUUUCUUCUGCAUUUAGCUACACAUUUUCUUCAUAAAUGCUCAUUAAACUUCAUUUGUCCAACUAUCUAUAUUUUACAUAAAUAACUGUAUAUUUAAAUGUGUGAAACUGUAAAUAGUUACAUGUAUAUAAAACAUUUUGAACACAAAA